UUCGGUCACAUGCGCGUGUUUGUGUUUAGUUUCAUUUCCGCAUUACGCUGCUGCCUGUAGCCUGUUAGCAUCUUAAAAAUCACACUUCAACACGACUUAAAAGAAAACCUAUUAACUCUCCAGGGCAACAGUAACAGCGUCAGCAGAGGUGUCCGAAAUCCAAUUUAACCUUUAAUUUACAUUGUUUGCAUGAUAUAAAUGCGGUUUAAUGUUGGUUAAGUAAACCAGGAAGCGACGUUAGCGUGAGGAAGCUCAUUGCAACUUAUUCUGACUACAGUUUAAAAAGCAAGUAUUAAGCAUUAGUAAGACAGUUUUUCCUCCACUGAUUUACAGCAAAGGAGGCCAUGAAGCUGUUCAGAAUUCCCAUGCGAGGUUCUGUCUUGUUGUGGGCCAUCUUGACUCAGCUGCUGCUGUGUAGAAACGGUGUGUUCGCCGGGGAUGGCACCAAGGCCUGCAAACUACGCCACGAAUCAGCAUCACAAAGGAAAGUCCUUGAGCAACUGGAACCUCUGGCCCACAGAAACUUGUCAGUGGUGGUCACUGAAGAAAAGGGAAACUACACGUAUGUGUUCCAGCUGUGUGGAGAUGCAGGAGGGGUUCCAAAUGCGGGAGUUAUUCAGAAGAAGACCGGCUCGCAGGAUAAACCCACAAUCAUUGGCUUAUACACCUCGACCGAGGCCAUUGGCGGCAGUGACUGGGUGAUGCUGCGCUACUAUGAUGGGGAAAAAUAUGAUGAGCACUGCAGCCACGAAGACAGAAGGGCCAUUAUCAUGAUCUCCUGCAACAAAAACAAAGAGGCGGGUGACUUGGAAGCUAUUCUGGAAGACAGUGAAAGGCCGAAAGAUUGCUUUUACCUGUUUGAGCUGGACUCCAGUGCAGUGUGCCCUCCUGUUCAAUCCCAGCUGAGUGCAGGCUCCAUAAUACUCAUCAUUGGUUUCUGCCUUGUGGCCGUUUACCUCAUUGGCGGCUUCCUCUACCAACGGCUGAUUGUUGGAGCCAAAGGGAUGGAACAAUUCCCAAAUUAUGCUUUCUGGGUGGAAGUUGGAAACCUUUCAGCGGAUGGCUGCGACUUCGUGUGCCGUUCGAAAAAUCGAGAGGAGGCUCCAGCUUACCGAGGCGUGUCGGCUGACGCUUUAGACGAAGAGCCAGAAGAGAGAGACGACCACUUACUACCUAUGUGACCUUAGUAUGUCAGAAACAUGGCAUACAUUUUCACUGUGUGACAGGUUAUGCUUUGGAAGCUUAGAUAAAAUUACUGGUGCACACAAGUGUGUUUUCUUUGCCUGGAAUGAGUCAGUCCCCUGUUGAAACCUUGCUUGUAUUUUAGACUUGUGGCUCUGAGAAGGUUCCUAAAAGGCAGAAGGCCAUGUCUCCUUUCCUACUCAAAACAUUUCAGUUUCAGUUUAAAUUCAUCCAAAGGAGUGACUCACACAUUAGAAAGACAAAUCCUUGCUUUUCUGUGGAAAUCAGAUGGAAAAAGGAAGGAUUUAAUUAAUUUGUAACGCAAACUCACUGGUUAUGUUUUAUGAUGUUUCUACUUAACUGAUGACGGUCAUUUUAUGGAUGUGCAGGCAGUGCCAGUCUGGUUUCUGUUUAGGUAAUGCUUGCUGCAGGCUAUACCAGAUAAUUAUACUUGUGUAAAGGGUUAGUUUGACCGAAUUGUGAAUGUACCUUUUCAGCUCUUAGCACAGUGACAGUACAAUACAGCCUUGCUGCACAUCUAGAGAGCAGUGCAAAAAAAACCAAAGCUUAUGCAAAUGUAUUAGUCUGCUUUAUUUUUUCCCCCCCAGAAGUACAAAGAAAAGUUUCUACAUUAGUUCAGAUAUUUUGUGUAGUAGUCAAUGACGGUGUCAGGUGAACGUGUCACGUUUUUAAUCUACACAGGUCAAAGAGGUGCAAUGCAUCUUUAAUAAAAUUAAAAACAUGAUUGUUUUCCUAUUUAGUGCUGAUGGACAAUUUAAAACUGUUUGUUCAGCGCCGACCACAGUAAUUGGCACCCCUGGUAAAGAUUUGUAAAGAAACAUUCAAAGAAAUUAGUUUUUUAUUACAACAGCAUAAUCCUAGAAAUAAUCAAACCCUUUUUGUUUGUUUUUUUGUUCUUUCAGUGCUUCUGUUGAGUUGGGAAAAUAAGUGUUUUUUACUAAAUCACCAGUUUCACAAUUAGAGGUAACCCAGGAUGUUUCUGUAUAACAAAUGUAAACCGAAAAUGAAAACUGAACCCACAGUAUUCAUUUACACUUUUGAAAAAUGAUAAGUUUCUUUGAAAUUUUAUUUUGUAAUAUUUUGCUUUCGUUUCUCUGGGUUAUAAAUAUAAUUUUUAGAAAGGUUGUGCAAGGACCCCUAUGAUUUAUAUUGUAGGCACUGACUAGCAGCGUUACCAUUAUACAUAAAUAUUGGUGGCACUGACUAUGUUUUUGUUGAUUUCUGAAAUGUGGUAUGCUGUUUAUUAUUGUAUUUUGAUAAUAUGAAUGAACAUUGACAAUGUCCGAUAUCCAAUGUUGAAACUUUCCUGACUGCCGACAUUGUAAUUGUUAACCUAAGCAACAGACAUAGUCGUACGCUUACCGACUUUUGUUUUCUCUUAAGUUUGACCAAAACCUUCUAACUGCAGUUUUUUGCUUCUAUUUUAAAACGUUAGAAGUGGCAGUGACGUCUCCUGCUGUACUCUCUAUUAAUAUAUUGAAAAUGUUAGUUUUGAGGAUAUCAUUCAUAAGGUUUAUAAAUUUUUUACAUAAAUUACUGGUGAAAACAAAAGUAGAGUGUUUUGGAAUUUCACUCAGUAGGCGGAAACAAAUUUUCCUGCUUUGUUUUGUCACAGUUUACUAAUGGCCUAUUUUUUUUAGUUCAGUGAAUUGUCUCCUGUAUUCUCUGGUAAAAAUUGUAUCACUUGUGUUUGAAGUAAAUAAAAAUGCAUCCAGUUUGAUAACUGUUACAGUAAAGUGUGA